AUGAAACCUAAUUCUCUCGAUUGGAAUAUCGGGAAUGGAGAAGGCGUAGGGAGUGAUGCAUGGGCUUCUGGUUCUUCUUUUAAUCCUAAAGCCGAAGAGCCAAAUUCUUUUUUAAAUGCACUUGCACAUUAUUUUGUCAAUUCUCAAAGUAGAACAUCAGAAAAUCAUAUAUCACGUGCAGAUGGGAUAGCAUUUGCAGAACAAUAUAGAUCUAUUACUUUUAGUAUUCUAACUGACUCAGAUACGCCUUUAUCUACAGGUCGUAUCCAUGAACUCAUAUCAAAGUCACAUCCAUCGCUCGCUCAGUUACUUGAUCAACGCAAAUCAACAUCAUGCAUGGCAAAAUCGCUAGUCGAAGAUCCACAAAAAAGAUUUUUGAAAUUUCAAUCAGAAGUAAACAAAAAGUCAGCUACAUACUUUGGCAUAGUUGGAAAAGUUUAUAAUCAAGAGGAAUGGACUAUUAAACAUCUUCCUGAAAAAUCAGAAAACCAAUCACAUACAAAUGAUCUAAAACAAGCCGAAUUAAUUAGAGAGUUUGUUAAAUCAAUGCUCAUGCAACGAGGAAAUACACCACUAACUACUAAUCAGAUUGCUGCUCUCAUUAAAGAGCAAAAUUUCGAAUUAUCAAAUUUAAUUGAAUCUAAAAAUCGAAAUUACCUGGUAAAAACGCUUAGAAGGGAUCCAAAAAAGCGCUUCACGAUUACUAAAGGUGCUGGUGGAUGUGCUUCUUUUUCUCUAAGUUAA